AUGCGGCCUCCUCGUGCCGUCGCCGGUCUGACGGCCUUGCUGGCCGCUGUCCCCAGUGUCCACGCCUCGUACUCCAAAAACCCGUUUAUCACGGAGGUCAACGCGAACACUUACCACAGGCAGAUAUCCAAGUCAAACCACACCAGCGUCAUUUUACUCUACGCACCCUGGUGCAUCCACUGCAAGAAUCUCAAACCUGCCCUUGAAAAAGCCGCCGAUAACCUCGACGGAGCCGUCAAAAUCGCUACCGUUAAUUGUGAUGAUGACAUGAACAAGCAGCUCUGCGCUUCUAUGGGCGUCCAAGGCUUCCCAACCAUCAAGAUUGUUCGUCCUGGGAAGAAGCCUGGCAGCAAACCCAUUACCGAAGACUACCAGGGCGCAAGAACCUCUGCAGCCAUUGUGCAGGCUGCCCGGAGCAAGAUCAACAACCACGUUACCAAGGUCACCGACAAGGACUUGGAUGUCUUCCUAGAACGUGAUGGUCCCAAGGCUAUUUUGUUUACGGAAAAGGAAACCACGAGCGCUCUGUUGCGAAGCCUCGCCAUUGACUUCUUAGGCGUUAUUUCCGUUGCUCAAGUGCGCAACAAGGAGGAAAAGACUGUGGAAAAGUUUGGCAUUGACAAGUUCCCCGCGUUUAUUCUGAUUCCCGCCCGCGACAAGGAACCCUUUGUCUACGACGGCGACUUGAAAAAGAAGGACAUGAUUGCGUUCCUAAGGCAGGCCGGCGAGCCAAAUCCUGACCCUGCUCCGGCAAAGCCCAAGGCCAAAGGCGACAAGAAGCCCCCCAAGUCAUCUAAAAAGGCUCAGGGCCAGGAGACGAAGGCGGCUUCUUCCGCCAAAUCCGAGGCCGACGAAGCGGCCACGACCCCAGAGGCUUCAACUGAAACAAGCACAAAUGAACCUGCGGCUUCGACCCAGGAUGUUACCCCUAUUACCACCAUAGCAGCCAAGGACACAUUUGUCGAGAAAUGUCUUGGCCCGAAAUCCCGCAUCUGUGUCCUAGCAUUUAUCCCAGCUCAUGACUCCGAAAACGGUGCUAGAGUCACAGACUCCCUUGCACAGCUCAACACCAAAUACGUACGCGGUAACCGGCAGGUGUUCACCUUUCUCGUCGUCCCCAGCGACGUCGAAGGAUUGGAUGGGGUGCGACGGGCCCUUGGGUUGGAGAAGGAUGUGGAGCUCAUUGCAUUCAGCGCCCGACGCUCUUGGUGGAGACAGUACGAGGGUGACUUUGAUGCCAAGAGCGUUAACGCAUGGCUUGACGAUAUACGCAUGGGCGAGGGGGCCAAGAAGAAGCUGCCAGAGGAGGUUAUCGCGGUGGCUGAAGUUGUCGAAAAGGGCUCAGACCAAAAGGCGGACGCUGGGGAGGACCAGAGGCCUGCCGAGAAAGAGGUCAAGCAUGAAGAGCUCUAG